GCAGGACCAAUUAUUACCAUUCCAUCAAGACCAGACUGUUUUGGGCACAGGCAUUGGCAUAUCUGGUAAGAGUGCAUGUAUGGCCAAACACAAAGACCCACACUCAAGCUCCCAGGUUGCACCUACAGGAGGUCCAUUCACAAGAAGUGAAACAGUGUUGCAAGGUAGCCAUUUUGCUGGUCUGACACUACACCCAGAGGAAGAUCAUUCAAAGUCAACACUGCACACAGCCUUCUCACAGAGGAGACAGAAGAGUGAUGCUUCCUGCCCUAACCUCUAUUGCUGUCACCAAUCGUUCCAAACACUGGCUCCAUAAUGGCUGUGGCUAAAGUCCUAGUUCAUGUGAAUUACACACCCCUAAUGCUCUGGCUGAGGGUCUUUCUGUUCCAUUGUGGAUGGCAGUGCCAACUUGUGUACUCCAGAUAUCAAGGUCUCCCAGAAGUGGUGACACCCUUGAGGAUAACAGGUACUUAUGAAAGCAUGAGGCCCCCAGGCUGGAUCUCUUACAGUUUGCAUUUUGGAGGCAAGACACACAUCUUCCACAUGAAAGUCAACAAGCAUUUGCUGGCUAGAAAUAUGCCAGUGUUCACCUACACAGACCAGGGUGCUCUCCUCGAGGACGAGCCCUUUGUCCAGCAUGGUUGCUUCUACAAUGGAUAUGUGGAGGGAGACCCAGAGUCCCUUGUGGCCCUGAGUAGCUGUUUUGGUGGUUUUAGAGGAAUGUUCCAGAUACAUGAUAUUACUUAUGAAAUCAAACCCCAGAAUCGUCCUAACACAUUUGAACAUCUGAUAUAUAGGAUGGACACUGAGGAUAUUUCCCCAUCCAUGAGAUGUGGGUUGACAGAUGAAGAAAUAGAACAACAACUAAAGUCCCUGAAAAGAGUAAAUUCCACUUUGAUGCAGAGUGGGUAUGAAGGCUGGUGGUCUGAAAAGCGGUAUUUAGAACUGGCAGUGGUGGUGGAUCACAACCGGUAUCUUCAUAGUGAGAGCAAUGCCUCAAAUGUAUACAUUGAUAUAUGUAUUGUUAUGAACGGAAUAGAUUUCUUUCUAAAAUCACUGGAUAUAGAGAUAAUUUUAAUUGGAAUUGAAAUCUGGACUGACGAAAAUCAUCUUCAUGCAAAUAAUAUGAUCAUGCUCUUGUCGGAAUUUUGCAAAUGGAAGAAAAGCAGUUUUACUUUCCGCUUGCCACAUCAUGUUGCACACCUUUUCAUAAAGCAAGUAUUGUCUGGCACCAGUGCCUUAGCCUAUGUAGCAGGGGUGUGCCAUAGUUAUAGUAAUUGUGGAGUUGAGAAUUUUGUCAAUGACAAACUGCAAGAAUUUGCUUUUACUGUCUCACAUGAGCUUGGUCACAGUCUAGGCAUGGGACAUGAUAAUGACACAUGCACAUGUGGAAAAGGACAUUGCAUAAUGAAUCCAAGCAAAGCAUUAGCAACCAGAUUCAGCAACUGUAGUUAUAUCAGGUUUUGGAAUCAUCUCAUUGCAGAAUUGAAGUGUUUGCACAGUCCAUCACAACCAGAUAAGAUCCCCAAGUACCCACGCUGUGGGAAUAGCCUGAUUGAGGAUGAAGAGGAGUGUGACUGUGGCUCCUUAAAGUUAUGUGAAGAAAAUCCAUGUUGUCAGUCAAAUUGCACUCUGACACCUGAUGCUGUUUGUGCUUCUGGGCUUUGUUGCAAAGGCUGCCAGUUCUUACCAUCAGGCACAGAGUGCAGAAAACAGGAAAAUGAAUGUGACCUCCCAGAGUGGUGCGAUGGGAUAUCCUAUCAUUGUCCAGAAGACAUGUAUGUGCAGGAUGGAACGCCAUGCACAGGUGGCAGUUACUGCUAUGAGAAGAAAUGCAAUAAUCGUGAUGAACAGUGCAGGAAAAUUUUUGGCAAUGGGUCCAGGAGUGCAGAUCUCAGAUGCUAUAUGGAAAUAAACAUCCAAGGUGACCGUUUUGGUCACUGUGGAUUUCGUGACUAUCGGUAUAUACAAUGUUCUAUCUCUGAUACCCUGUGUGGAAGACUUCAAUGUGAAAAUGUCACAAAAAUUCCACAUCUGAAAGAUCACAGUACUGUGCAUUGGACUCAGUUCAAUGACAUCACUUGCUGGGGCACUGAUUACCAUGUGGGGAUGACCAUUCCGGAUAUUGGUGAUGUGGAAGAUGGUACAGAGUGUGGGGUGGAGCACAUCUGCAUUGAAAGGAAAUGUAUCCAUGUGUCAAGUUUUGACAGUAUCUGCUCACCUGUCUACUGCAAUAUGAGUGGAGUCUGCAACAAUAGGCAACACUGUCAUUGCAACACUGGUUGGGACCCACCCAACUGCCAGCUACCAGGCAAUGGAGGCAGUAUCGACAGUGGCCCACAUCCUCCUAUUCUGAGAAGAGCUGUGGAUAAGAAACAUGGUUAUGUUAAUGCUGUAUUAAUAAUACUGAUAAUUCAUGUUAUUUUUUUCUUUCUUUGUAUGGCCAUUUUAACUUAUGUGCGAUUACAUAGAUAAGAAAGAACAGCAUGCACUAAUUUAAUAUAAUAAAGAAGAAAUUCAGCUCUAGUAAAAUGUUCUAUGGAAGAAAAGUACAAUGUUCUGACUUCAUCUAACAGAAGACAUCAAAAACACAGCAUUAUAAAAUAUAAAACCAAUCUCUAAAGAAAGUUCCUCAUGUAUUGCUUUUUCUAUACUGGCAACAGCAUAUAAAAUAGUAAAUAAAUACAUAUAAAUAAAAAUAAACACAUAUGUAACAUA